AUGGACCGCGCAAACCUCACCAGUCGCGCCACUGAAAUUGCUGAGGUUGUUCGCAGCCUAGCAGGCGAUCUGUCUUCACAGGGAAUCCCUGAACCUUCUUUCGAACAUGGAUUACCCGCUAUACUGCAGACCGAUGCGCCGGAUUCAAAUGUCCUGGCCGCACGCGUGAAGCUCCUGGGCUUACUAGAUGAGCUACGUGACCUCUUAACCGACCCAGCACUAUUGGGUAGCCCUGAAUUGCGUAACCCUUCUCUGAGUAUAUUGGCAUUGAUUCGCCUGAAGAUCUUUGAGAAUUUUCCGAGUGAGGGAACCACCAUCAAAUAUCUAGCACAGCGCGUUAAUCGCAAUGAGAAUAUUGUUCGCCGAUUGAUGUCUCAUGCUGCCACUUAUCAUGUCUUCUUCCAAGAAAAGCCUGAUUUUUUCAUCCACACAGCUGGCUCCCGUGUUCUAACGGAGAAUGAGGGUAUGCGUUCUUGGAUGCUGGUCGGACUUGGCGAGACCAUGCCUGGUGCCCUUAAAAUUGCCGAAGCUAUAUCGCAACACAAUGACUCUGAAGAGCCACAGCAUAGCGGAUGGAGUAUACAAAAUGGCACUGAUCUCCCGGUCUUCGAAGCCCUCGCCAACAUGCCUGAACGUGCGAAGGUCUUUGCUACAGCCAUGAGUUGGCUCGCUCAGCUACCUGGCUACUCCCCGCAGUAUCUAGUAGAUUACUUCCCGUUCGGAUCUGGAGAUAUCACGGUCGUCGAUGUUGGCGGUGGCAUCGGUCAUAUCGCCCGUGCACUCGCGGAUCACUGUCCCACAGUUCAGUGCAUUGUACAAGAUCGCCCCGAGGUUAUUGCCCAGGCAGAACAAGCUUUGCCGGUUUACCUCCAGGAUCGUAUCCGCUUCCAAGUCCAUGACUUUUUCCAAAACCAACCGGUACAUGGCGCUGAUGUUUACUUACUGCGUCAUGUACUGCAUGACUGGUCCAAUAAAUACGCGCGGAAGAUCCUGCAGGCUUUGAUACCAGCUUUGAAGCCGGGGGCUAAGGUGGUACUAAAUGAUCGCAUCAUUCCCGGCUAUGGAGAGGCACAUUACUUGAAAGAGCGUGAAGCACGGGACUACGAUAUGUACAUGCUUGCUUUGCAGAAUGCUCAAGAACGCACACCAGAUGAUUGGAAAUAUCUUUUUAGAGAUACGGACUCGCGAUUUAAUGUUACGAGAAUAUCCCAGCCAUCUAAAUCAUAUCUGUCCAUUGUGGAGGUAACUUGGGAGGGCUGA